UGAGAACAGUUGCCUUAAUGGCAGACAUGCAGUGUCCCUUUCAGCACAUCCCUUAAGUAUACUAUACCUCUCCUUUACUCUGAUUGGCUGAGGUCUGGCUCUUUUGGCACCGCUUCUGAUUGGUUAUGGAUACAUUUAGACCAGUCCCAUUUUACUUCAGUGUGAAAGUAAAUGUGUGACGUAAAUGAACUUUAACCAGCUAUGAAUGCCUGCCCAUUGGAUAUACAGUGUUUGUGCACUGAGGAGCAUCUACUGUCUGAAUUUAUCCUGUUCAGGUUGAGCUGUGCUUUGCUAUUGCUGUUAACCUUGCAUAUUUGCCAAUAAUUGUUGGCUUGAGAUAUUUGACCAUCAAAAUGUAUGUGGUCUUCUUUUGAGUGUAGAAAAUACAUUCAAUUUGAAAUAAAACCCUGAAAAUUAAUUUUCAGUCUGUUGCCAUGUUUUCUUUUUGAGAAAUCAUGGUUGUUUGCAGUAACCAUCUGCUUCUACAAUACAGUGGGUCUGCAAGCUUGUUAUCACACUCACUUUUGUAUUCACAAGUGGGAAAGGCAGCGGAAUAACCCUGCAUAAUAAACAGAGUCGGAUAUCUUAACGUGUAAAUUGCUGAAUUGCCCCGAGGUCGUGUUGAAGCAGCUGGCAAUUCAUUCUUUUGAGAAUUUGCUGCAGUUUUCUCCGCUGUCAGCGGCCUUUAAAUACACAGAGGUCCCGCUCUGCUUUCCUUCAUCCCCAAGCAAAUGCUGUCAAUGUGCCCUUGAAAAUGUAGUGGAAUUUACCCUGACAUGUCAGUGACAGGCCGGGUAAAACUCUACACAAUGUAAGAGAGAAAUGUAAUCAGACAGAGGUAAUUGUUUGGCCUCUCAUGUAACUGUAAAACCUAUGACACGUCACAUUAUAAGAUAUAAUUAAGAAAAGGUGUUUAUUAAAUACAACACACUCUCAAUGACUUUUCAAUGAUAUUAUAAUAUAUUAAUAUCUGCACCGUAACCAGAUAUGGAUAUCAGGUCUGUCAGCCACAAGAGCUUGGGGAAAAGAUAACACACCAGCGAGUAUCCACAUUGUCUAUUUCCACGUGUUAUUUAUGGUGCAGAAAUUAAUCUUCACACGUCACCAGCAAGAGGUCUGUUUGCAUUAUUCAAAGAGCCGAACAACUGAAACUUUCUACUGGAGCCACUGUUUUGUGCAUGUGAAAUAAGUUGUUCUAGUACUCUCGUGUAAUGUGUCAACAUUGCCCAGCCCAUGUUGAUCGCACCACCGCCUGCAGUUGGGGCAUCACCGGGAGUGUUGUAACGUUACUGCCUCCAGUCAGUGCUGCUCCACAGUGCCCAUUCGACCGGCUCCCUCACUGUCACACUGACAUAGUAAUCACUGUAGCUACAGAUGAGAUACAAGUGGAUAUGCGGAAACCAUAAUAGACUGAGCAUUGCAAAAAACAAACAUAUUUCCAUAAAGCUACCGGAACAGCUAGGACGAGCUUCUCUCUCAGUCAUUGGCUUUGGACUCCCAAUAACAUUAGAGGCUGACGGUACACAACAGAGCCCGAGGUCUGGAGGCCUCUCUGGUGAAAUUUAGUUCUAAGUAUCAUCCUAAGAAUUGAGGUAAGAUGAUUCGUGUCGUAUUGUUGUAUUUACGUUGAAUGUUUACACGGCAGAGACGGACCAGACAGCACAUGAGAGUAUUAUCCUAUGACCAGUUAGCCUAGCCUAGCCUAGCCUAGCUGCUAGCUGGCUAGUAGCAUGCGCCGCUCAAACAGCAGCUGACAAGUGAAUGAGUGUUAGCUACUGCCAGUUAGCUGUUAGCUUAACAGUUGGAGUUGGCUGUAUCUUGCGAUAUUGCUUCUGCUUUUGAACGCGUCUAAGUGCUACGCAUGAAUCGGAAUAAUGUGUUGACUUGGGGUGGGAAGAUUGCGCGCUAAGUUGCAGAGACAUGGCAGACAGUGCAGGGCUACAGUUUGUCAGCUCUUAUGCCUUUGAAGCCAUGCAGAAGGUGGAUGUGGGUGGGCUGGCUGCCCUGAGUGACCUUGAGCUGAGGCUGCUGCUGCCCUGCCUGGUGAGGAUGGCUCUGUGUGCCCCAGCUGAUCAGAGCCAGUCCUGGGCACAAGACAAGAAGCUCAUCCUCCGCCUGCUCUCCGGGGUGGAAGCUGUCAACUCCAUCGUAGCGCUUUUGUCUGUGGACUUUCACGCCUUGGAGCAGGACGCACGAAAAGAGCAGCAGCUCAGGCACAAGGCAGGCGGCUCGAAUGGAGAAAGCAUCCUGGUGUCACAGCUACAGCACGGCCUGACCCUGGAGUUUGAACACAGUGAUCCCCUCAGGAGACUCCGUCUAACCCUCAGUGAACUGUUGGCUAUCAUGAAUAAGGUGGUAGACUCAAAUGGAGAGUUUUUCUUAAAGUCCUCUGAACUUUUUGAAAGCCCCGUUUACUUGGAUGAGGUCGCUGAUGUCCUCUGCAUUUUACAAGCAGAGCUGCCUUCCUUGCUCCCCAUUGUGGACGUGGCAGAGGCUUUGCUGCAUGUCCGCAAUGGAGACUGGUUUCUGUGUCUGUUGGUUGCCAACGUCCCUGACAGCUUCAAUGAAGUUUGUCGAGGUUUGAUAAAGAAUGGAGAGCGUCAGGAUGAGGAGAGUGUGGGUGGUCGACGCAGGACUGAAGCCCUCAGGCAGCUCUGUCAGAUGAACCCCUCACAGGCCCUCAACAUCAGAGCUAUGGUGGUAGAGGAGUGUCACCUGCCUGGUCUGGGGGUGGCUCUGACUCUGGACUACAGACCAGACACACCAGAUGAGGCAGUCAGUCCGCUAGUCUCUUAUGUCAGUGGUCUGCUACUGGGUACCAAUAGCAAAGUCCGCACCUGGUUCGGCAUGUUCAUUCGCAAAGGACAACAGCGAAAGAGAGAAAGCAGCUCGGUGCUGUGGCAGAUGCGCAGACAGCUGCUGCUGGAGCUUGUCGCCAUCCUGCCACGCUCACGCAGCACCCACGUGCCCAAUGACGGCGGUAUGCAAGAGGAGGUCAGCUCAGGCUACUCUGGCCUCCGAGAGGAGCAUGUGGUGAAGGCCAGCGCUCUGCUCCGACUCUACUGUGCCCUCAUGGGCAUCGCCGGCCUCAGACCCACAGAUGAAGAGGCAGAGCAGCUCCUUCAGUUGAUGACCAGCCGGCCCCCGGCCACUCCUGCCGGCGUCCGCUUUGUCUCUUUGUCCUUCUGCAAGCUGCUGGCCUUCCCUACGCUGGUCAGCACUCCAGAGCAGGAGCAGCUGAUGGUCAUGUGGCUCAGCUGGAUGAUCAAAGAGGAGGAAUACUUUGAGAGUGCUGCAGGCGUAGCCGCUUCUUUUGGAGAGAUGCUAUUACUGGUUGCCAUGUAUUUCCAUAGCAACCAGCUCAGCUCCAUUAUUGAGUUGGUGUGCUCUACUUUGGGGAUGAAGAUUGCUAUCAAGCCCAGCUCUCUGAGCAAGAUGAAGACGAUCUUCACACAGGAGAUCUUCACAGAACAGGUGGUUACAGCACAUGCGGUGAGGGUUGCAGUGACCAACAACUUGAGUGCCAACAUCACAGGAUUCCUCCCAAUUCACUGUAUCUACCAGCUGCUCCGGAGCAGAGCCUUCACCAAGCACAAAGUGUCCAUCAAGGAUUGGAUCUAUCGCCAGCUCUGUGAGACAACCACCCCCAUGCACACCCAACUGAUUCCCCUCAUCGACGCCUAUAUCAACUCAAUCCUCACUCCAGCAUCCAAGGCCAACCCAGAGGCCACCAACCAGCCCAUCACUGAGCAGGAGAUCCUCAAUGUCUUCCAGAGCUCUGCUGGGCAAGGGGAGGCGAGUCGAGGAGGACGGCAACGCUACUCCAUCACCACCCGACUCCUCAUCCUCUACUACAUCCUGUCUUAUGAGGAGAACCUGUUGGCGAGCACCAAACAACUGGCCCUGAUGCAGAAAAAGCCAAAGUCGUACUCAGCAGCUUUGAUGGACCAGAUCCCCAUUAAGUACUUGGUUACACAGGCCCAGGGACUGCAGCAGGAGCUAGGGGGUCUGCACUCUUCCCUGUUGAGGCUGCUGGCCACCAACUACCCCCAUCUAUGUCUAGUGGAGGACUGGGUGUGUGAAGAGGAGGUGACUGGUACCCUGCCCCUGCUUAGGAAGAUGAUGCUCCCCAGCAACACCUGCAGAUACACCGAGAGCCAGCUCCACCAGGCCUUCCAGAAGUUACCAUCCAGCAGUCCCAGGCUGAUGCGGAUCCUGGAGCCUUUAACGCUGCUUUCACCUGGAGACCUGAUCCCUUAUGCGGAGGCCCUCACAGCCAGCAUGGCUCUGCUGCUGGAGCCCGCUGUGCCCCGCCGAAUACUGCAGACACUUAACAAGCUCUGGAUGGGCCUCAACACUGUGAUGCCCCGCAGGUUGUGGGUGAUGACGGUAAACGCCCUCCAACCUUCAGCUAAGCUGCUCAGGCAGCAGCAAUACACUCAGAAUGACCUGAUGGUGGACCCUCUCAUCGUGCUGCGCUGUGAUCAACGGGUGUACAGGUGUCCUCCGUUGAUGGACAUUGUGCUUCACAUGCUGAAUGGCUACCUGCUGGCCUCAAAAGCCUACCUACACUGUCACCUGAAGGAGACGGCUGACUUCGAUCGGCAGAGCCAGACGGUCUCAAACUUGGGCGUGCCCGGACAGCCAGACACACCCGAGGUCACCAGGGAGGAGCUGAAAAACGCCCUUCUCGCUGCGCAGGACAGCGCAGCAGUUCAAAUUCUCCUGGAAGUGUGUCUGCCAACUUCCGAAGAGCAGCAGCAGCAGCAGCAGCAGCUGGGGGCCAACACAGAGAGCCUGCUGAGUAGCAUUAGGGCCCCCUUGGCAGGGAAAUCGAAACAGAGAAGCCUGGGGCCGAGAGCCAGAGGGGGCGUGGAGGACGGCAAGCCAGAGGGAGGCCUACUCAGUGACUUGAGGGAAGUGCAAUGUCUCAUCUGUUGUCUGCUGCAUCAGAUGUUCAUUGCUGACCCUAACAUUGCCAAGUUGGUCCACUUUCAGGGUUACCCUCAAGGUCUGCUGCCUCUAACUGUGGCAGGCAUCCCCUCCAUCCAUAUCUGUCUGGACUUCAUCCCAGAGCUGCUGGCCCAGCCCCAGCUGGAAAAGCAGAUCUUUGCAAUCCAGUUGCUGUCGUACUUGUGCACCCAGUACGCUCUACCCAAGUCUCUCAGUGUGGCCAGGUUGGCUAUCAGUGUCAUGGGCACCCUCCUCACAGUGCUGACUCGUGCCAAGCGUUUCUCCUUCUUCAUGCCCAUCCUGCCAUGCCUGGUGGCCUUCUGCCAGGCCUUCCCUCCGCUCUAUGAUGACGUCGCAGGUCUGCUAGUACAAGUGGGCCAGGUCUGUGCCUCCGAUGUUACCACCAAAGCCAGGGACGUUGACCCGCUUAUCGCGCGCCUGCAGUAUCUGAAGGAGAAGCCUCAGGGGGGUGCGGCUCCAGGAGGAGGUUCCUCCAAGCUGACUUUACCCCAGAGGACAGCAGAGGAACAUGGUGGAGCUGACCCUGAUGUCCAGCUCUGCUACUGUGUAGAGGCCACGUUCAUGGACAUCAUUAGCUCCACCCUUCAUGGACUAUAGACACGCAUCUUCUCGAGGAAGAGGAGGGGACUGGACUUAAACUAACAACUCCAAACACUGCCUCUGAAAGACAUUCGUAUUGCUGAGAGGGCUAUUGUCGACACGCAUUCAUUCACCUUGAACACAUGGGCCGAUGUCUCCUUUGUCACUGGCUUUCAGACAAUGUAUGAUUGUUGUAAUGUAUAUCCAUGUUCAGUCUGGACUGAGGAAUCCAUUCUCCACCAUUUGACACCCUGUAAAUAAAUCAUGAUUUGCAAUUUAUUUAGAAAUGUAUGUUCAUGUGCUCUGCCAGUUUGUAGAAAGUUAAAUACAUAAUGUUGAAUGGGUUCAUUUUAUUAACCUUUUUACAGGCAUAUUUUUCUAAGCUGUGACUUUUUCUCAGCCACUGGAAAAUGUUGAAAUAAAGAGCUUUUGUACCGUUUGUUUGUAGUAAAACUAAGAAACCCUUUCAUUGACGAGGUUUAUUUGGGGCAAAGGGGUCAUCAUUCUGCAUCAUGUAUGCAUGCAACUUGUGUCCGUCUAUCACUUGGUUGGAAAUCUAAAUCUCGUCUGGUAUCCAGAUGCUCUGUAUUUCGUCUCAUACUUGUCUUGUUCUCGUGGGUUUCCAGACUCAGACGCUCGUGUUUUGGCCUCCCGUUUAGCCUCUUACAGUCUCCGGUCAGCACGAGUUCGUUGACAGCUCUUAUGUUCACGGUGUACUCUGUUUUCUCCCGCCCGUCCCUGGUUCUCGCGAUUUUUGAAAGUUUGUGAUACUUGAGAUAAUUUCGACUUCAGCAUUCGCUAAUGUCACUGCGAACCGGCUUUAUUAGACUCGACACGCGUUAACUCUGAGGAGGAGAGUAGCGGAAGUGUUACGUUUACGACCACAAGUCGGCAAAG